CCAGACCCCACACCUUCCUGGAGCUGGGCUAGCUAUGAACUCCCUACCAGUGCACUUUGGGGUAGCUUGGCUGCCUGGGUUCUCUCCCUGAUUGGGGGGGGGGGGAGCAUACGUGCCGGAAGCCACCCCCAAGCAGCCUUGGCUGUGAGGCCACCUCCACCCUGUGCCCAGGCAGCCUUGGGUGCUGCCUGUGGGUGGAGAGGCCAGGGUGGGGGGCUGGGAAGGUCUGGAUAUAAGUCGGGGCUGGCCCUAUGGGUACAUAACAGGCAGCAGGGACAGAGGGGCACCACUUCCUGCCCAGCCCUGCCAGCAGCAUGAGGCCCCUGCAGCAGAGGGUGCUGCAGCUAGUGCUGCUCCUGCUAGUAGGAGCUGCAGCCCCAGGGGCCACCCGCGGGCACCGCCUGUGCCACCCUGUCAACGCCACAGUGGCCGCUGAGAAGGAAGCCUGUCCCCUGUGCAUCACCUUUACCACAGCCAUCUGCAGUGGGUACUGUCAGACUAAGGAGCCCGUAUACAAGAGUGCGCUGUCACCCGUGGCCCAGCAUGUGUGCACAUACCGUGAGGUUCGUUACGAGUCACUGGUGCUGCCUGCCUGCCCACCCGGCAUCGACCCCACCUUCACCUACCCCAUGGCCCUGAGUUGCCACUGCAGCCUCUGUCCCAUGGACUCCAGCGACUGCACUGUCCAGAGCAUCGGACCUGAUUUCUGCAGCGCCCACGGGGGCUACGCCUAGACUUGGCAAUAAACCAUCCCCACGGCAGCCCGGCUCCGCGUCCAUCUGUGUUUGUCUUUUGGCGCAGGAGCAAAAAAUACCAGGCCUCAAGCCUGCCAGCCCCUCACUCCCCAUCCCAGAUCUGGGAUAGAACCCAGGUGUCUGAGCUCCCAGCUCCUGCUGUAAUCCACCAGCCCUAAACUCCCCUCCCAGAGCUGGGAUAGUAUGUAGGGGUCUGGCCUCCCAGCCUAGAAAGAGAACCCAGGUGUCCUG